AUGUCGCAAAUCGUGUACUUGGACGAAGAGAAAACGCGGGGGAGGUAUACCUAUCCGAAUGGGAACGUGUACGUGGGCGAAUUUAAGAAUGAGAAGUUUCACGGGCAAGGUACCCUAGCAUUUAAAGACAAGGGGGAGUACAGAGGCACCUGGGAAAACGGAAAACUUGUCCAGGGCCAGUACUACUACAGCGACGGACUGCAGUACGAGGAGCGGUGGAAAUACCUGGUGGACUCUCCCUAUUUUUUCAACGAAGAAAUUAACAAGGACGAAAUUAUUGUAAAAGAGGAAAAAACGAACGCCUUCUUGGAUGAUAUUUACGACAUAGGCGACGGGUACUGCAAAGUCAAGGAGAGUCUCGUGUACAGGUUUUCAGACGACAAGCUGGUCAGGCAGGUGAACGCGCGGGAGAAGAGCUGGAUCGAAAACCAUUGCUCCAACCGCUGCCGCUGCCGCGACGUUGUCACCACUACCCCACCGCUGCACUUUGCCGACAUGAUCGACUACUACCACUGCUACACGAAAAAACGGAGCGACGUUGGGCUGCCGUGCGGGUUCACCAAGUCGAAAAGCCAAGUGAUCGGGCGAAUAGAGCCAAACGGAGAACUGCAAAAGAAAUACAUGCUCAAGGAAAAUAUAUACUACAGUGAUGAAAAUGUGAAAAAACGCAGCGAGUGUUACGUAAACAUAGAAAGUGUUAAACUGCAAAACAAAUUCUUCUACCAUAAUGAAGGAGGGUGGACCAAGGACAUAGAUAUCACUGACCAGCAGAACAAAAUAAAAUAUGUGAAAAGGCUAGACAAGGACAUAAAUACAAUAAACAGCGUAAAAAUCCUAAUGAACGAAACGACAAGAAUUAUUAACAAAAAUAAUAGCAUAGGAAUUUACAAAGAGUACUUCCAGGAUGAGAACGAAACGGAGGAAGAGUUCAGAGUAAAGUCCAUGCUAGUCAUUAAAGACAAGGUCAGGAAAUACCCCAGGUAUGUUACCUCCAUCAAAUGGUCUACAGAUAGUAGCCACAAAUUAGCUAUCUCCUACUGUGUUAAUAAUUAUAAGCAAAUUUUAAAUGAUUCUCCAAAAAAUUGUCUACUAUAUAAUUUAAACGAAAUAAAUAAUCCCUACCAAAUAUUAUUUUCUAAAACGUUCAUAAAAUGCUUGAGGUUUAAUCAUAAGAAUUCAGACCUCCUCCUGGCGGGGUCGUACGAUGGGACAGUCAACCUGUGGGAUCUACGAAAGAAGAAUACGCUGUGUGAGUCCUCCUCCAAUCAUGCUAGUCAUAAGAAUAUCGUGCAGGAUGUUAUUUGGCUACAAACUAAAACGAAUAACCACUGCUUAUCUGUAUCGAACGAUGGACUCUGUUUGCUUUGGGAUAUACGAAAUUUUAAUGAGCAUAUAGAGUCCUUUUCCCUACACAAGGACAGUGGUGAGGUUUGCCAUAUGGUGGAAACCGCCAACCUGGACGCCGCUUCGUUGAAGAAUUCCCAGGGGGGCGUGGACAUCAGCCAGUUCGUCACUCAAACGGGGAACCUCACUAGAACAGCUGAAACGGGGGUGGCUAAUCAAGCGUUACCCACAACGGGCACUGGUAUAGGCGGCCCCAAUGGAGUGGAUCCGAUUGGCCCCUCCGGCAACCUCUGCUACAGCGCCAACUGCCUGGAGUGGAACCUGGAGGCGGGUCCAUCCAAAAUAUUGGUAGGAACGGACGAAGGGUAUGUUCUCUCCCUUUCUAAGAGACAAGCCAAAAAUUUGGAGAUGCUUCAAAAGUACGGUGCGUCAAAUGAGAAACAUCUAUCCAGCAUUACCAGCAUAAAACGCAUCCCCAUAAAUUUAAAGUACUUCCUAUCGACAGAUAAGUGGGGUUUUAACAUAUGGUCGGAGGAUAUUAAAUUUCCUAUCAUUUCCAAUUACUACGAUGAGUGUGUUAUUAACAAAGGCCUGUGGAUUACCGACUCUUCCUUCUUCAUCCUGGCAAGGAAGGAUGGCUACCUCGACUUUUGGAACCUUCUCUACAAUUUCAAUGAACCCAUUAUUCAGCACAAAGUUUGUAAUUCCUCCAUUACAGAAAUAGAUGCACACAUGAACAAUAAAUACAUUGCUAUCGGGAAUGAGCAGGGAGAUACGCACAUUUUAAAGUUGGGAUGCACCUUCUGUAGGAACACCAGUGAAGAGAAAAAUGCAUUGGAUCAACUGUUCGAAAGGGAAUCCAAGAGGGAAAAAAAUUUAGAAUACAUCCGGAAGCAGCUCAAUUGUUUCAGAAAAAAACGCGAAUGCCUCAACAUGCAGGAUGUGCACAUAUCGGACGACGUGGUGGAGGACACGCAGCGGGAGUACGAGUCUCUCUUGUGA